AUGGGGGAAGUUCGCAGCAUGAGGACACCUCCGCUUCCAUCGCCGGCCGAGGCCCCUUCGCCUGUCGCCGCAUCCCAUUCCCUCCGUCGAACCUCCUCCCAAUCAACUGGCUUUCUUCCUGUUCACAGCACUGGAUUUGCAAUCGAUGGAGACACGAUCACGGAGAAUAACACGUGGAAUGCUAACGCUUACUCUUCUAUUCCGAUUGAGCAGACUACGGACGCAUGUCAUACCUCAACGCCUGCGAAGAAAGACAGUUCCGAAGCGGGGAAGUACCCAGAGGACCAGGGACGAAGCCUGCAAACCCUUAAAGAGCUCCGGAGGCAGAUGGAAGAGUUGCUCGUCUACCAACAGAUGCAACAAUCACAGAACCAGAGUUCUUCGGCUAAUCGCGAAGCCCCUCCAUCGCAACCCGAUCCUGUCACCUCAAAUUCCCCUGGAUCGACAAGGAAAAGGCCCCUCAAUGUAUCCUUCCCCAAAGUCGCCUCGUCCACAGGAGCGAUGCCAUCAGCUUCCUUCUCCGAUUCUACCGGGUCUGGUGGCACCAUCCGGGCCAUGGAUUCUACCCCCGACAACAUCACCGGCCAAACGCCGUCCUAUCCGUUCCCGAGAAUGCAGACGCAACCUUCGACUCGGCCGACACAGAGCUCCACGCUCAACCAUAGCCCUUUCAAGUUGACACUGCCGGCCGAGAAACUGAAGUCGCAGACGAUGCCAUCGCAACUUUCAGAAGAGCAGCAGCUGACAGGGGCAGAUACACCGCACUUGCAGAGCUUUUUCCUACCAGCGCUACCUAAGAACGUGAUCGAGGAUCCGAAUUACCCUAGUCCAAACCUCUAUGACCUCACUUUGCAACUAAACGCAGAUCCUGGCCUAGACGCUUGGUGGGCGAAUGUGAUACAUAUUCUGCAAGCACACUAUGGUGCCGAGCGGGUGUCGCUUGCCGUACCCGGCGAUGCGACUGACCUGGAAAAUGUUCCAUGGGGCCAAAAGGCGGUUUUUGAUCAGAACAUCGAGACGGAGUCGCAGGUACGGCAUCUGCACGAUGAGACGAGCACACCCCGCGAUAAGACCCCGAAAGAGAACGAAGACCCGGAGCGAAAGAAGGAACUGUUUCUUAGGGAAGCGCUUGCCAAUGGAACAAGCGCUUCGAAAUCUCCAAAGCGACCCUCGCUUCUGUCGCGACACUCCUUCGCCGGGUUUGGCAAGGAAAGGAAGAACCCCAAUGUUCAGGACUCAGACAUUCCGCGCCUACAACCAAAGUCUUCACUCCGACCAGAGCUCAAACGCACUUCUACCCUUGCCGAGAACCCCGCCGUUCCGGAAACCGAGCCGUCAUCAGGGCAACCCCAAUAUACCCAAGACAACCCUCGACAAGCCGUCUUCCCGAUCCCGAGACCGUUGGAAGUUGAAGCAGAUCCGCUUAUCAAGCGGACAGGUGUCGUCAAGCUUUUUGGCCGCACCGACCCUGUUGUUCUGACCCGUGAAUACUCCCAAGGCUUGACGAACGACCAGACGCCCUGUGAGACUCCCGAGGACAGGAUCCAAGUCACGCCGACCGCCGAGCCUUCCACUACUCAGGCACCGUACGCGACUCGCGCUAGAUCGACUUCUAAUCCCGCCGCGUCAGGUUUGCAAGCACAUCGUACGCCGUCAAUGGAAUUCUUCGACGAGUACGAGCAAAUACCCCCAUCGCCGUGGUCGCAGUCUCCAGCUCCUUCGCCUGCGCCGCGUGCUCAUGCGGAGCAAAACCCUUUCUUCGUCAGCCACGCUGUCGACGAGGAAGCAUUUGCGAAGCAUCCCCCGCCUCAUGACUAUUCCAACCUCAAGCCCCUGGAAGCCAUCGGUGUCGACAUGGCCAAGUCCGUGGUCCACAUCCCACUUUUGCACGCCGGCCGCUCUAAACAAACAUCACCGUCUACAUUACGAUUCCCCGUUGCAGUGAUUUCCAUCCUCUCCUCAAUAAUGCCUUAUCCCUCCAACCUGAGGAAGUCCUUGGCUUACCUCAUGCCCCAUCUGACGACUUCUUUCUGCUUGGCUCAACAAUACAGUCAGCUCGAGCGCCAAGUCACUUCUCGACUUGAGGUUCCGCGCUACGGGCACCUCCUUGGUCUUGGUGGAACAUUCUCGGAUGAAAGUAGCGAGUUAGAGCUCGUCGCUGGCCUUAGUGGUCAUGUAAACUACACGAUAGCGGAUGAUGGAUCGCUUUCAGCCCGCGCCAGUCUUUCUAGUCCCGAAGAAAGAUCGAACUCAGCCAAAUUCAGCCCUGCAGUAUCUGGACUUGGUACCCCGGGAUUUGAACUGAGCAACAUCGGGGCUGGGACAACUCUGAAUCUCUCCGAAUCACCCGGUGUGGCCGCAAGAAUUAGCAAUGAUGGCGUGGACAGCUAUUUCAAUGUUCAGCAGUCGAAGCAAUUCCAGCAGCGUAUCAGGCUGGCGAAGGUCAAACAGAACGUUGCAACAUCAACUCCCACUUCCCCCGGCAAGUUCCUUGGGAAGCCCUCGGAGGAGGAUGUUGCCUCGCAGGACCAAAGCCCGGUCAUAAUCUCACCGUCACAAGAAGUCAAGGCGCCCCCGGUCAUAUCGCCGACGCAAACUUCCCGGCACCCAUCAACAAACUCAUUUUACGCUCAAUUACAACGCGAGCUACCACGUCCGUUCACCGAUACUGUGGCCCAGCUCAUGCUGAACUCAGUCCCCCUUCAUCUGUUUCUUGCAAAGCCUCAAAGUGGCGAGGUUAUCUGGACAAAUUCGAAAUUCGAUGCCUACAGGCGGAGUCAACCCCAGGAACAGAAGCUGAGGGAUCCCUGGCAGAAUAUCCACAGUAGCGAGCGGGAACACGUUUCUCAGGAAUGGGCAAAUGCUUUACGUACAGGCUCUCAAUUUACCGAACGUGUUCGCGUCAAGCGUUUCAACGACGAGUCGGCUUACCGCUGGUUCAUCUUCCGGGCAAAUCCGUUGCUGUCUUCCACAGGAGAGGUGCUAUAUUGGAUUGGAUCAUUCCUUGACAUCCAUGAACAGCAUAUUGCGGAGCUGAAAGCAGCACAGGAAAGAGAGAAAUUUGCCACUGAUGCCAAGUACCGAGCCUUUUCCAACUCUAUCCCGCAGAUCGUCUUCGAAGCGACAGAAUACCGGGGCCUUAUCUUCGUGAAUGAGCAAUGGCAUUUGUACACCGGACAGAAGCUUGAAGAUGCGCUUAACUUUGGCUUCGCAAAGCAUGUUCAUCACGAUGAUCUCGAGAAGUGUGGCUUACUUUCCCUUUACCUCCAUGAUUCACAGAAAACUGGGGCCGUCAGUGACGCAGGUGAAGCACCCACGGAGACGACGAGCGCCAAGUCCUCUCAAGAGAAGCAUCUGGGUCAGGGCGUCACACCCGCACUGGAAGAGCUUGUCAAACGGGGAGUUGCCUCUGUACAGAGAGAUGAGAAUGGUCGUGUUUUCUACUCGACCGAACUACGACUACGCUCGAAAGGUGGCGAUUUCCGAUGGCACCUUGUUCGCCUGGUCUGUGUCGAGACAAGCAGUUUUGGCAGCGGCGAAGCGUCCUGGUACGGAACCUGCACGGAUAUCAAUGACCGCAAGAAUCUAGAGCGGGAACUGAAUAAAGCCAUGCAACAACUCAACAACCAGAUGGAGUCCAAGACGAAGUUCUUUAGCAACAUGUCGCAUGAAAUCCGGACUCCGCUGAACGGCAUCCUUGGCACCAUUCCAUUCAUUCUUGAUACUCAGUUGGACACAGAUCAGAGGAGAAUGCUUGAUACCAUACAGAAUAGCUCGACCAACCUACGCGAAUUAGUCGACAACAUUCUCGAUGUUUCUAGAGUGGAAGCGGGUAAAAUGUCUCUAGUCAACUCGUGGUUCCAUGUACGAUCUGUGAUUGAAGAUGUAAUCGACACUGUUUCGUCCAGGGCCAUCGACAAGGGCCUCGAGAUCAACUACUUAAUGGAUGUGGAUGUCCCGCCGAUGGUCAUCGGAGACAGAUUCCGAAUCCGACAGGUACUCAUCAACCUUGUCGGUAAUGCAGUCAAAUUCACUGCGCAAGGAGAGAUUCACAUCUGCUGCUCCAUUUACCAUGAUGCUUCAGCUCAAAUUAAGAAGACCGAACUCUUACUGAACUUUGACGUCGUGGAUACGGGCAAAGGCUUCAGCGCAAGGGAUGCAGAACGGCUGAUGCAACGAUUCAGUCAGCUUGGGCAAAAUGGAUCACAGCAACAUGCGGGUAGUGGUUUGGGGCUGUUCUUAUCCAAACAGCUUGUUGAGAUGCAUGGCGGAAAAUUGACUCCUAGCAGCAAGGAGGGCCAAGGCGCCAAAUUCUCCUUCCAUGUCAAAGUCGAUGCUCCCCCACCACCGACUCCCGAAGAGUCCCGAACCCUUCGACAAGCACAGGGUGCAUCUGAAAUGCUCGGAGCGCAACCCAAGCUUAACCCCUUGCACAAGCUACUUUUCACGAAAGAUCCGCUCAAUAAUAAGGCGCCAGAUCAAGCCGAACUGACUUCUGCUCUCGAGUCAUCCCUCUCGAAAACGUCAGCCAACGCAGAACCCCCCCUUCGUCUGGCAACGUCCAAUUUCUCCGAACGGUCGUCACUUUCCUCUGCUCUUCCGACUCCUGAUCUUAGCACGGUAGACCCUCUAACUAAGAUUGAUGCUCCCGCUGCGUCCGGAACGGAAUCUGCGACUCCAAGUGGCGACGGCUCACGUCCAGCGACCGAGCCGGUAUCCCAGGUGCAGGAACCCCCCUCUUCGACUCAGUUACCUGCUUCGGCUGCUGGAAACGACGCGAAGCAAUUACCAAGCGCGUUCUCCAUUCUUAUCCUGUGCCCCUUGGACAACACUCGCAAAGCCAUCAAACAACACAUCGAACAGGUCGUCCCUCUUGAAGUCCCGUUCUCCAUUACCUCAACUCCGGAUAUCGAAGACUGGCGGGACCACGUAAGUGACGAGUCUGGCUCGAAGCUCACUCACUUGGUUCUCAACCUGCCCAGUGUGGACGAUGUAUCAGACGUGAUUCAAUAUGUCUCAGAGUGUGAUCCUGCGACCGCCCCAACCCUUGUCAUCAUUUCCGACCUCUACCAGAAACGCCAAGUCAACGCCCGAAUCAAAGAGCUGGCCGCCACCGGAAGGCGUGUAUACACAGUACCGAAACCAGUCAAGCCCUCGGCCUUCUCUGCCAUUUUCGAUCCCGACAACCGACGCGAUCUGAGCAAGGAUAGAAACCAAGAUAUGGCAAGGGAGAUUAACAACAACUUCAAGACUAUGUCUAAGAUGGUUAAGGAGGUUAUCGGCAACAAAGGCUAUAGGAUAUUAUUGGUAGAGGACGACGAGACGAAUCGCAUGGUGAUGUUGAAAUACCUCGAUAAGAUCAAAGUUAUGGCGGAGACAGCUACGAAUGGCCAAGAGUGUACAGAAAUGGUCUUCUCGAAGGAACCAGGAUACUACUCGCUCAUCAUAUGUGAUAUCCAAAUGCCCAUCAAGAAUGGGUAUGAUACGUGUCGUGAUAUCCGCGGAUGGGAGUUGAAGAACCACUAUCCCCAAAUCCCGAUCAUGGCGCUCUCAGCCAACGCAAUGACGGAUCAAAUCGAGGAUGCCGCACGAGCUGGCUUCAACGACUAUGUCACCAAGCCUAUCAAGCACAAUGAGUUGGGCAAGAUGAUGAUGGGUCUGCUUGAUCCCAAUCGACCAUUGCUUCUCCUACGCGACCGCCUCAGGGCCGAUAGUGAGGACCACCACCGUGAUUAA